CUCUCUGUUCUCAUCCGGCGCGCCGCACAGACAGACAGACCCGAGUGCGCGCGCAGCCCGCGACAGGUCUGGAAGUGCAAGGAGGAGGCAGGAAAACGCUGGAGCGGGGAAUGAUGGCGGUGAGCAAGAAGAAGGGACAAGUUUGAUACUGUAAAACUGGGACGUUGUAGGCGAUCUUUCGGCGCCUUACACGAUGAAGCAAGUAAGAGAUGACUUCACUUUGAUUCGUUAGUUGAAACAACAGUGCUCCAAAGAAGCUCCGCCGGACCCAUGGCACCGCCUGCGUAGAGGUGGGGGAAUAAUAGUUCACCAAAAAAAAAAACACUCCAACCAAACAGUCUUUCGAAUUGAUCAAUAGAAAAGAAAACAAAAAUGAUCAAAGCGGAAAGUAAAGGAGGCGAGAGGACCCUGAGGAGCGCGUCCCCUCACAGAAAUGCAUACAAGUCUGACUUCCACGCCAUUAAGUGCUCCUUUGAUGGGCCAAAGUCCGAGGGCGCCGCCAAAUCAUAUGCAAAUGGAUCCAGUGACACCAGAGAGGACUCCAGGGGGAGGCCUUUUGGGACCCGAGUGAACAAGAUAAAGAACAUAUUCCUACAGAUGGAUGGUCAGCAACAGGAGUGCCAAGAUGCGAAAGUACCCUUAAAGUCUGAGGUGGCCCCAGUGUCCCCGCCAAAGCCGCAGUUUCCAGUCAACACGCACAGAGCUAACGUAAAUAGUGCUACAAGCCCAGAAUCUCUUAAUUUAGAUAAAACACCCAAGGGAGAGGAUGUUGAGAUUGACAAAGUGGCUUUGGCAGAGAAGUUUUCUGUGACCAGAAAACUCUUCGAGAGGGGCAUCAAAGAGCAGCCUGCAGCCGAAAAGCAGUCUCCAAACAGAGGAGUAACUCGCUUGUCUCUCGGAAGUGCUUCUGAUGAGGGGAAAAGUGCACGCAGAGUAUCGGGAUCCUCUGAGACCACUGUCAAAUCAGAGCAAACUCCUACAUCAACAGUCAAAUGUCGACCAGAUGAGAAUGCUGAUAGCGAGAAAAGGCAUGUGUCUAGAGUGUCACUAAAUGCAGGACCCAUAUCCAAGAGGUUGGAGAAUUACAUGGCUGAGAAUGACUCGGAAGACAACAACAUAUCUGCUACUAAAGGGGGAAUGGUGUCUGCUAAACCACACAGCACCGCUGAACAUUUACUGCCUACCUCUCCAACAAGGGACAGCAUACACAAACCCACUUCUCCUGUUAAAGAAGUCACUAACUCUUCACCUGUAACUGAUGCUACUAGCAAAAAUAUAUCCCAGGCAGCAUCCUUUGGGUCUAGUAUUGGGCUUAAACCAACAUUCCCAGUUUCCAAUGCAGCUUACAAAUCUGUUUCUCCAACAACUGAUGCCACUAACAAACCCCUGUCACCAGAGCAAACAACCCCGGUUGGCCAAGGCUACAAGCGCUCCUCAUCAUCUGGGGAUGGAUUAAGUAGGACAUCUGUUGGUGGGGAUGAAGGCAAGCCACAUAGUCCACCCCCAAGGGAUGUGAAGCAGCCUCCUCCAUCCGCUUGUGGCUUUCAGAACACCAACAUGGCCAAACACUCUGAAAAAGCCAAGAGUAAUGACAAUGUGGUACAUAGUCCUACCAGGGAUAAGACAUCCAGCCAAACAUCAUCAUUGGAUCCCAAGGGUGUGGGUAUGGUACGGGCAGAACUUGUAGUUGUUCAGAAUGAGUCUUCAGAGAGUGAGGAGAAUGAAGAUGAGAACGUUGAAGGUAAUGUGUUUGAGGAGCAGAAGGUGCAAAGCAACAAAGACCCACCAACAGACCCAAAAAGAAUCUUUCGGAACCUGCAGAACAGCAACAAUGCUCGUCAUAUCAUGGCAAGAGAUGUCACAAAAGAGACACGAAGGGUAGCAGAGACGGUUGGUGAAGGUAGAGUCUUGGAGGACAACGGGCUGAAAGAGGAGAGAAAGGAAGGCAGUCUAGGUAUGAGUCAAGAUGGUGAACAAAAUCGUGAGGAAGAUGAUGAGGUAGCGGAGGAGGAGAGAGAGCAGGGGGGCCAGAGCAUCCUGGAUAGAGCUUCACCGGUAGUGUACGGUAUUGAGAACGCAGCAUUUGUGGAUGACAGGGAUGUAGACCAGGUCCUAAGGGAAGAGGAGGAGGAAGAAGAGGAUGAAGAAGAGGAAGAGGAGGAGGAUCAAAUGUACAGAGAGUAUGAUGACUUUUAUGAGGCCCCCGGUCUGUCAGAUGAGGAGGAACCUCCCUUUAAGAGGAAAAUCAAGUUCUCCACAGACCCCAUUCUGGUCUUCAGUACCUUCUCUAAUGAAGAUUAUGAUCGACGCAAUGAAGAUGUGGACCCUGUUGCAGCGUCUGCAGAGUAUGAGCUGGAGAAGAGAGUGGAGAAGAUGGAUGUGUUCCCUGUGGAGAUUGAGAAAGGAGACAAUGGACUUGGCAUCAGUAUCAUAGGAAUGGGAGUGGGAGCCGACCAGGGUCUUGAGAAGCUUGGCAUUUUUGUAAAAACCAUAACAGAGCAGGGAGCAGCUGAGAGAGAUGGACGCAUACAGGUGAAUGAUCAGAUAGUGGAGGUGGAUGGUGUGAGUCUGGUGGGAGUCACCCAACUGUUUGCUGCUACAGUCCUGAAGAACACCAAAGGCACAGUGAGGUUCUUGAUUGGUCGGGAAAAGCCAGGGACGCAGAGUGAGGUAGCCCGCCUCAUAAGUGAGACACUAGAGCAGGAGAAGAACCAGCAGCAGCAGCAACAACACCUUGAUGACCCCUUUGAACACUCCACAGAGGAGGAGGAGCGCUAUGAGGAAGAGGACGGACUGGAUGAGAGAAUUCUGGGCUCCAACUUCUCUCCAGGGCAGAACGUAGAGGUGUUUGAGCUGCCUGAUUCAGAGUCUUUGUUUAUGCCGACCAACAUGGACAGCUCUCAGAUGGCCUUCAAGUUCAAAGAGCUGCAGCUCAAACACAGCAUUGCCAUAGCUGAGAUACAUCAACUCAAGGAAAAGCUAAGAGUGUCUGAGGAGGACAAAUCAUUGUGGGAAGCCAGAGAGUCUGCGCUGGAGCAAAAGAUGGAGGAUGGCAACGAGAAGAUCCUCAAGUUGGAGAGUUACUGGCUGGAAGCCCAGGCCCUGUGUAAGAGCGUCAACGAACAAUUAUCUGAGACUCAGAUGCAGUAUGAGACCCUGGACAAGAAGUACAACAAGGCCAAGAAACUACUCAAGGACUACCAGCAGAAAGAGAUAGACUUUGUGAAGAAGGAGGAGGAGCUGAAAAAAAAUCUAGAUGAAAAAGACAAGUGGUACAAGGAGCAGAUGGAGAGCUUGCAGAACAGAGUAGUUGCCCUGGAGUCCAGAGGGGCCUCAGGUGUGGAGUGUCAGAGUGGUCAUGACUCAGCAGUGGACGAGAGACAAAGCAGCCAAGACCCAGUGACCAACACACAGUCUGUUGACUCACUGUUAGAGCAAGACUGGAGUGAGUUGGUCCCUGAGACUGAGCGGCUAGACACCAGCGCACACAAAGCAAAAGGCCUGCUGGCUCAGAAGGCCAAACGUCAGCCUCCAUCUCGAAGCAGACUGAAGGAGAACCUUGUUGUGGCCUCAUGUCACUCUCAGGAAACUGAAGAGGACGACGACCAGGAGGAGCAGGAAUCUCCCCAAAGGAGAUCCAUCCAGGAGAGCCUUUCUCUCCAAGUGCCUGUCUGCUAUCCAGGGAACGGACAGAAAGUUGAUCCUGGCGAAACGAGAGAUGGAUCCAGGAGUAAGCCGGAGCUCUCCAGCAGCCCGUCUUUGUCACCAUCACAGGCAGACAGCAUUGAGAGCAGUGGAAGUCCCUAUUUGUCCUCUCCAAAAGACUCCUCAUCACCACAUACCCCCCCUGGAUUCAUGCGCAACGUGAAGAAGAGGGAGUCCAAAGGCAAGGGAAAAGAGUCCAAAGAGGACUUAAUUGAGCCGGUGACAGCAGGAAAACCUAAAAGACGAUUUCCUGACUUUGGGGGCCUCCGGAAGUCAGGUGGCAAAGGAAAAAAACAUGACAAGGAGGCGAUGAGAGCAUCUUUGGACAGCAGGGGGUCGGCGGAGUUACUGGAGGAGUCUGGAGGUAACCUGUCUCCUGCAGACUCGAUGACUUCCAUCCCUACCUGUAUGCCCUUCUCCUGGUUCGGAGACAGAGAGAGGGACAGAGACAGGGAGCCCUCCUCCUCCAGCAGCAGCCUGCCAUACACUGCAACUGAGACCAGCAGUGAGCAAAGCCAGGAUCGCAAGAAUAAGACAAAUCUCUCCUGGUCCUCUUUAUUCAGUCGCUCAUUAGAUUUGAGUUUUUCAGUCAUAGAUGAUUCUAACCCUGCCAGUCCCAGUUCAGACAUCUCUGGGUUAGUCGCUGAACCCAGUCUGUCUGGGCGCUCACACACUUUAAUCUUCUCUUCCAGCGAGACUUUGGAUGAUGAGCCAGUAGCUACAGGAAAAGAGUAUCAGUGGCAGAACCGGCCUGUCUCUGAAUGGACCAAUCAGCAGGUCUGUCACUGGUUGAUGGGCAUGAAUCUGGACCAAUACACAGCUGAAUUCACAGCUAAGGGAGUGGACGGACAGCAGCUCUUACACUUGGACAGUGACAAGUUGAAGAUGCUUGGUGUGUCAAGUCAGAGUGACCGAUCAACCAUCAAGAAAAAGCUGAAGGACAUGCGGAAGACCCAGGAGAAGCUGGAGAAACAGAGAGAAAAAAGAGAGAAGGAGGUUCGACGCAGUGGGAGACUUCCAGCCAGUACUGACUCUGUCUGCUGAGGCAGCAGCUCUGUGGUCUAAAUUCAUGCAGCUCAUAAAGUUCAUCACCAUGCAGAACCCCGAGAAAACCUUUUUCUCAAACCAGUGCCAUGCUGUUCUUGUCAAAUGGUGUUAAUGCCAACAGCCACAGGACGUGACUGUGCCAGCAGUUGCACCUGUGCUAACUGAGGUGUGAUUAAUGUUCAUACUCUAGCUCCUGUUUCUGCCACAUUUUUAACAAAUGCUCUAAAUAUUUUAACUACAAGAUGGGGAACAUCAAAAAAGGUGGAUAUGAGACCAAAAAGGUAUCCUAACAUUUUUUUUACCACUAUAAAGCUUGAAACUUAUAAUUAUAAAAGUCAAUUAUAAAGUAGUUGUCGCAGAUCAUGCACACACGUACCUGUGGAAGUCAAAUGUAUCCUGUUUUGUCAGCAUUUUAUAUUUUUGCUAGUAUAACUUGCCUGUUUCCACGUACAACUGUUAUGCAGUAACGGUUAUUGUACAGUUAAGAUAAAAGCACUAUAUUUGUCUUUUAAGCUUCAAUGGGCGACAAGGUUUUAAAUGUAUAAAUAAGUUUUAUACAUGUGCAUAUUAACUGCAUAACUUUUUUUUUCUUUUUUUUUUUACUCAAAAACCAUUGUUCAUUUUAUACUAUCUACAUUUUUCUACUGAGUAGAAUAGCAAGGCCGUGAUUUUUGCUGAAUGAAAAGCAACAAACAAAUCAAGUAGGGACCAGAUGAAUGCUGCUUCUGCUGAUUCUAGCUGUAUGUCGCCGGGAUGGUACCAUGAUGCUCCAUGUAAAUACACACAACACGCAGGUCUGCUACAUGUAUGCUUCACCGGUCCGUUAGACGGUAAGAUGUGCCUACGACAAGGACUUGUUAGUCAGGAGCACAGUGUCGUGUAUGAAUGUGCGGCUGAACGAUGAGCGUUCACAGCCAAACCCCCAAGUGCUUCCUUUCUUGCUUCCUCUCAAGCGUGACUCCAUGUUCUGUACAGAAAACGACAUGUUGGACUGCAAGAAAUUUGUUUUCACAUCUUCUGAAUCAGAGAAACUUUUCUUGGUACAUGCAGCAUCGAUAAACUGAUUUUAACUGUAUGUGGUUUCCUGAUUUACAUUAAGAAUAAACUGACGUGUUUUUAUACAUUUAA